CAUAACUUCAAAAAACAAAAUUGUUAUUUAUAUGAACUAUUUCUAGUCACCUAAUAAUUACUCAAUCAAAAUAGUUGGCAUCUUUGUAAUAAUAAACCCCUUGUCUAUCUAAUCACAUGUAAGAAGGCCAAACUUAUUUAAUUUUUGUCUAUCCUUUUCAGUAUCAGUCUAUUCUUUUAAGCCCUUCACCAUUCUUUUAUUUGUCUAAAAGUCCUUAUAAAUAAGCACAAAGCACAAAAGAUUAUUACACCAAAUUAAAAAAAAAAUGGCAACAAAUUCUCAUAUUAUUGCAAUUCCUUUCCCUCUACAAGGCCACAUAAAUCCCAUGGUGCAGCUCUGUAACCGCCUAAUAUCGAAAGGCAUUCGCGUUACGUUAGUCACGACUUUUUCCAUUAGCAAAACCCUUCAAAAUCGAACCGACGAAAACACGAUAAACAUCGAAACGGUUCCCGAUAUUGAUUCCACCGUAAAUGGUGGAGACGAAAACUUAGAUAUAUACGAAGUUUUUAUUCGGAAUUUCAGAGCUUCGAUUACGAAUGGCGUUCCCGAUAUUAUUCGGAAACAUAGUAGCUCCGGCCACCAUGUGAAGGCGGUUGUGUACGAUUCGGUUAUUCCUUGGUGUUUGGAUAUUGCUAAGGGGAAUGGACUAAGAGGGGCGGUGCUAUUCACGCAACCGUGUACCGUUUGUUCGAUAUUCUACCAUCUCCACGAGGGCAAUUUGGAGAUUUCAAGCGAUGAGGUUGGCUUCGAGGUUUCUUUGCCCGGAAUGCCGGUUAUGGGGUUGAAAGAUUUGCCUACGCUUGUUUACGAUAUGAAUUCUUAUCCGUCUCUGUUGAGGCUUUUGGUGGAGCAAUUCUCGACUUUUGAGAACGCCGACUGGCGCUUAUUCAACACGUUCGACAAGCUCGAGGAUGAGAUACUGAAAUGGAUGUCGAACAAAUACCCGAUUCGGACAAUAGGGCCAACCGUCCCAUCAAUGUACGCAGACAAGAGAUUAAAAGGAAAUUACGAUUACGGCCUCAGCCUCUUCAAGCCAAGCACCGAAUCUUGCUUCCAGUGGCUAGAAACAAAAGAAGACCGUUCCGUUAUCUACGUAUCUUUCGGAAGCUUAGCCGAUCUAACGGAGAAACAAAUGGAGGAGCUAGCAUGGGGCCUCGUCGAAACCAAACGCAACUUUCUAUGGGUAGUGAGAGAAACCGAACAAUGCAAAAUUCCUAAAGAUUUCGUCUCGGAGAGAGGCCUGAUAGUGAAUUGGUGCACGCAGCUAGAAGUUCUCUCUCAUCGAUCCGUGGGGUGCUUUUUCACGCACGGGGGGUGGAAUUCGACUCUGGAGGCGUUGUGCUUGGGUGUGGCAUUAGUGGUUAUGCCACAGUGGACGGACCAAACGACUAACGCCAAGCUCAUAGCUGAUGUGUGGCGGAACGGGGUUCGAGUUAAGUGUGAUCCAAACGGGAUUGUUAGUAGAGAGGAAGUGGUGGCUUGCGUGAACGAGGUUAUGGAAGGGGAGAGUGGGGAUGUCAUAAGACGAAACGCCGUUAAAUGGAAGGAGAUGGCGGUCGAAGCGGUUAGUGAAGGAGGAAGCUCCGAUACGAACAUUGCAGAAUUUGCAGAAGAAAUUCUACGUACGUAGUUCUUUUUUUUCUUUUUCCUAAGUUAAAAGAAACAAGCUUUGAAGCCACGACUCCAAGGCCAUGUAUCAUAAACAAAUCGAAUGGUCGAGAGAAGCAAACAUGCGAUGCCUGCAUCGACUACGAUAAACAUAUUACUUUUAUGUUAUUUUUAUUUCAAGUCACGAUACUUCUAAUGCAUUAGUCAAAAUGUCCACAAAUAAACGA